UUUUUAAUUUAUUUUCUUCCUUUACCAUUAUACACUUUAAUAAUCGGGCUUUCUACACUUGUCAUCAUCAUCAUCAUCAUCAUCAUCAUUGAAUUGAUUACACACGGCUUUGAAUACACAGGUGUAUUCGUGAUUUGUUGGCUACCAUUUUUUAUCAAUGCAUUAUUGUCACCAUUAUCUCGUUCAUAUCAAGAAUUUGUACCAAAUUUUAUCAGCGAUUUUUUUCUUUGGCUUGGUUAUAUAAACAGUUGUGUUAAUCCCAUUAUUUAUACAAUAUUUAGUCCAGAUUUUCGUACAGCAUUCAAACGAAUGUUAUUGGGUAAAAAACGUAUACGAAGUAAUAAAGCUGGUUGGGCAGGAAAAGUGGCUAAAGUUUAAUAUUAAUAGAAAUAUUUCUCUAAUGAAAAUAAACACCUUUUUUUUCGACGAUGACAACCAAAAGAGAGAAAAAAUAUCGAUCCAAGAAAAAAUUCAUCAUCAUCAUCAUCUAUUUGAGAGUGAGA